AAAGAAGUAUUAACCAAAUCAAAGCUACUAGAUCUGGUUUGAGCAAAGGACUUGUUCUUUGUUCUUUUCUCAAAAUCUCCUGAUUUCUCUCUGCUCUCUAGAGCUGUUCUUAAGCUUGUACUUUCCUAGUCAUUGGAAUCAUAUGAUCCUUCAGUUUUAUUGAAUUAAAACUUAGUGAAAGACUUUUUUUUUUGCUAGAAUCAACGCUAGAAUCAACUUAUAUUGCAUGAAUUAGCAAAACUACAUCCUCAAAGUAUGAUGAAUAGGUGACAUUAAUUGGGUUGUAUUCUUCCUAGUGGGGGCUGAAAUCUGGGAGAGAAUGACAAUGGCUAUGUUGAAUGUCCAGUAGUUGAUGCAGAGUAUAGUUUCCAGAUUCCAAGUCUACUAUCUAUGAGGUAAAGAAGAAGAAGAAGAGAUCACAAUUCCCAGUGCACGACGUUUAAAGCUGUCCUCAAUUAUCGGAUGCGGAUAGAAGUACAUAUCGGAUCCGGCAUCCACCCGCAUCCGUUAAUCCGCCCCGAUCUCUUCUUUAAACGCAAACCCCGCCCUUUUUCCUUGCCGUCUUCGGUUUCUCUAGGGCACACGAGGUUCCCCAAUCUCCGGGAGGGAGGCGGCAAACGGUGGUUCGAUCAGGCCUGUGUUGUCGUGUUUGGAUGGCGAAUUCUGCCAAAAGAGUAGACUUUCAGAAUCUUGUUUCGCUAGCCGAUGAUCUACUUGGGGUUUUGAAGAAUAAGAAGGACGGCGAUGGGCUGGUGCAAUCGUUGGAAGGGGCGAUACUGCUUCAGUCGUCAUGUCGGUCUGACGUCGAUGAGACUGGGAGGGUAUUAGAAGACUACGAGAACAAGAUAGAAGCAUGUAAAGAGAAGAUUGCUAAGUCAAAGGAGGAGACAGAUUUAGAUGCUGAACUUGAACAUCUUCAACAUGGAUUGGAUGAGAAAUUGCAAGAGGAACAUCUGUUACGGCAGGAACUAAGAGCUAUUAGUGAAGAACUCAUUGGUUUUGAACAUCAGAGAAUUUCCAUUGAAGAGCGAAUGAAGAUGAUUAAGAAAAGAGAAAAAGAUCUAACAAGGACACGAAAUUUGCUUUCCUUGUGCGCUUCAGUGACAAAUAUUAUCCCAGAUUUUGAAGAUACAACCAAGAUUUCUGGUGUGGUGGUAGAUAGAAACAAGAAGAAAGCUGAGAAGUUUGAGUUUGAGAUGACAGAAGCUCCACUUGAUAUUUGCAACAAAUUAUGGAAGAUGGCUUAGCUGUGGCCUAUGUUGUUGUUUGUUCUAGCUGUUGUACGUUCAUUCUUCAAAUAAUUCACCAUGCUGCUAUGAUGAAUGCAAAACCAUGUAAAGAAAAUAUCAAAUUAUGAUGUUCCUGCAAGUGAACGAGGAUUCAUUUUGUUCAUGAGA